AUGAAUCCACUCUGGAGGUUCCUGGUCCUCCUCCUGGCAUUGUUAGCCUUGCCCUCAGGCCUGCUCAAGCAGCCUUGGUCCGGACUGACCACAGCCUACAAGGAUGGAAGGUCUACCCUAGCAAGAAUUAUCGCGCAGGGCCUCCUGAAGCACAACGCUGAAGGCCGAAUCCAGAGCAUGCAACUCCUGGACCGCCUGAACGUCUCAGGGAUGGUGGCCCCAGGGAUGGUAGGCUGGCUGAUUGGUGGCAUGAACUUCCAGCAGCAGCAAGAGAUCAGCAUCAACAUCACCAAUGUGCAACUGGACUGUGAUGGGAUCCAGAUGGCGCUGCCUAAAGAGUGGUUCUCGACAAACAUCACACUGGAAUUUGACGUUGAAUUCCGACUGCCCUUCAAUUCGAAUAUCAUCAAGACGCAUGCCCGCAUGGGCCUUGCUGCAGAGUCCUGGCUGGAGAAAGAUGAGUUCGGCCGGAGGGAGCUGGUGAUGGGCAGAUGCCACAUGGAGCCCAACAGUGACGGUGCAUCUAUGUCCACUGAGGAAGUCCCACCGAAGAUGAAACAUUUUCUCCACAACCUCCGAGAAAGCCUGGGGAAAGUUAUCCCAAACCUAGUAGAAAGUCAGGUAUGUCCUCUGAUCGGUGAGAUCCUCCGACAGCUGGAUGUGAAGCUGUUGAAAGGCCUCGUGGAACAGGUGGCUGCUCAUAAUCUUGGUCAACUCUGA